GCUGUGUGCUGCGGGGUCUGCCCCUUCUAGGGCCCACUGAACCCCUCUCUGGAUCCCAGCUGUGCCACCCCCAGCAUGGGGGUGGGGGUGAGGACUGAACCCGUAAAGUUCUUGGCAAAAGCUUGGGAAGAUGCAGAAUGAGUCCUCCCGGUUGCAAGCGCUGCCUGCUGCCCCGCCUCCGCCCCACCUGCAGCUUGCCCCACCCGCUGCCUCCCCAGGCACCUCUCUAGCCUGGCUACCCUGCCCCCAGCAACUCCCUGGAGUCAGGUGCUCCUGCAGAUACUCUCCAGCCCUAGCUGCUCCUCCAGGACUGGUGCCCCGGGGCCGCCUGGCAUCUGGGGGGUCUCCUUGGAGCCCAGCUCUUUCUGGCGGAGGCUGAGGUUCACCAGCGUCGUCAGGCUCCUCCAUGAAUGAGACAAACCAAACCAUUAUGGGGCCCUCAGAGCUCCCCACGGCAUCAGCCGUAGCCCCUGGACCAGGCACUGGGUCCCGGGCAUGGCCGGUGCUGGUCGGGGUUGUGCUGGGGGCUGUGGUCCUUUCUCUCCUCAUCGCACUUGCUGCCAAAUUUCACGUCUGUCGCCGGUACUAUGCCAGCUAUCGGCACCGCCCACUGCCUGAGACAGGGAGGGGGAACCGCCCAGAGUUGGGUGAAGAUGAGGAUGAUGAUGGCUUCAUUGAGGACAAUUAUAUUCAGCCUGGAGCUGGCGAGCUGGGGACAGAGGGUAGCAGGGAACACUUCUCCCUCUGAGCCUCAAUCUUUGGACACCGCCCCUUCCCUCCAUGCCUGACAGCUUAAGGACAGUGGCUACUACGUGGGAGCCUGGAGCCUCAGAGCCAGAGGCAGAGAGCUGAAAGGUUGACCAGGGGUAGAGCAAUCUUCCCUUCCCUGACACUAGCCACCAAAGUGACAAUGACUUCUCCCUUGCUCAAUAACCCUCAAUGGCUCCCUGCUGUUCUCAGGGCAAAGCCUAACAAAGGCUUGAGUAUGGAAAAAGUCCCUCUGCGAUCCGCCCUCUUGAUUUCCUUCCUUGCCUCUCCCUAUGUGACUAAAUGUUUGUCAUUCCCCACCCGCCACCCCGUGCAGUUUCCCCAUGCACCUCUGCUCACAUUGUGGCCCUGCCUAAACCCUCUAUGACGGUGAUGAAAACCCCAGUCAGUGGGCCCCGCGUGGCCUGCCUACCUGCCAGCAUUUCAAAUGUGCCCAGAUGAUAACAUUUGAGUAGGUGAAAACCAGUGCCAAGCUCCUUAAUGAAAUUUUUUCCUAUCAAUAAAGUGAGUAUUCUGGUUA